AUGUACUCCCCUGCCAGUUCCAAAAUCCUGUACAGGAACUCCCGGUUUCUCCGGUUAGCUUUUCUCCAACUUCAUCACCAGCAGCAGAGUGGUGUGUUUUGUGAUGUCCUUCUGCAGGCAGAAGGUGAAGCAGUCCCAGCCCACUGCUGUAUCCUUUCAGCCUGCAGCCCCUUCUUUACAGAACGCCUGGAGCGGGAAAGACCAGCUCAGGGUCGGAAGGUGGUGCUGGAGCUGGGUGGCCUGAAGAUCAGGACACUUAGGAAGCUGGUAGAUUUCCUGUAUACCUCAGAGAUGGAAGUAUCUCGAGAAGAAGCCCAGGAUGUGCUGUCUGCUGCCCGUCAGCUCCGAGUAUCUGAGUUAGAAACUCUUCAACUAGAGGGUGGAAAGCUGGUGAAGGCACCACAAGGCCGAAGAUUGAACCGAGAGUGCUUACAACCACCAAGUCCUGCACCAAUCUCUGCCAGAGUGGUAGCACCCAGCCGCCGCCCUCGAACUCCACUGCCUGUUACCCAGACUCCCUGUCCUCUUGGAGCAAUGAGGUUUAAGUCCUUAGGGAAGGAGGAGGAGCCCCAGGAAAAGAGCAACCUACCAAAUACAGAGAACUUGUCAGGUACACUUUUGCUCAAGAGGAAGGCUAGAGCCUGCCCAACUCCACAAGAAAAAAGCUCUUCUCUAUCAAGCCACAGUCAGGAGCCUAAUGAGAACAAGAAUGACCCUGCCCAUGGUUCCACAGCACUUUCCCCACACAGUUUGUAUCCCUCUGUGGGUGAGCGACUAUUGCCCAGGAAGAUCAGGCUUAGUCGCUCAAAGCCUUCUCCUGACAUCCCUACAUCCAAGCCUUCCAGCAUUUUAAGUGGACCCAGCUCAGUGUCCACAGCCCCUGGCAGGCGUCUUUGGCGACAGAGGAGUAUAAAUAAAGAAGCACAGGAUGAAGACAAGCAGAAGCCAGGGAGAGCUAGUAGUCCUCUCCAGAGCACCCCAAGCCCAUCUAGUCUUGGGAAGACAGGUGGGUGCAAGAAGCGGAGCCCUGAAGUCCGAGCACCCAACUCAGACCCUGCAGAGGAGGGGCAAAUUGGGAGAGUGAAACUUCGGAAGAUUGUCAACGGCACCUGCUGGGAGGUGGUACAAGAGCCUCCUCUCAAAAACUCUCAAAAUAGCCCUCAGAUACCAGAACUUCGAGGAGACUUGGAAGAGCCUCCAGGAACUCAGCUAUCCUCUGUUAAUAAGCAAGAAAAACCUGCUAGAAUAAAACUAUGUCAGGACUCCCCGGAGGUCCCUGGGCUACAAGACAUUCUGCUGUCUGCUAGCCACUCCCCAAACCACACUGUGAAGUCCAAGUUUGGGUCCAGUCCAGAGCUGGUAGGAAAAGGACCUGUGUUGAAUAUUGAUUGCAGAGAGCCCUAUGCAUUUGACACAACCCUACUUGGGCAGCCUUGUGAAGCUGAAGAGUACCGAAUCACAAGUGCUGCAGCCACCAGUGAGCUGGAAGAGAUCCUGGACUUUAUGCUGUGCGGCUCAGACAUUGAGCCACCUGUGGGGUCUCUGGAGAGUCCUGGGGCUGAGGGCUGCAGAACCCCUAGUUAUCACCUGACAGAAACAGGAAAAAACUGGAUUGAAGGAGAAGAGUGGUGUUUGUCUGACAUGGAACUCUGGCCCAGGGAGCUUACAGAAUUGGAAAAGGAACCUGAUGGUGAGAACAAAGAGCCAAACAAACCACUUAGUCCUCUUGUCAUGCCCUCUGAGAACAAAGAGCCAGUUGAGCCCCUAAGCCCCUUUGUCAUGACCUCUGAGGUGAGGGAAGGAGAGGUGCUUUCAGUGGGAGGCUCUUGGACUCCAGACCUUGAAAUUACCAACUCCCAGCCACUGGAUGGUCAGGGAGAUAAACUUAUACACAUUGACUCUCCUGACCCUUCCCAAAGGUCUUAUAGCAAUCUCUCUCCUCCAUGCUCAAAUUGGGCAGAGACUGGGCUAGAAGUGUCCUUAACCAUGAAUGAGAUAUUGUACCCUGCUUCCAAAGUAGGCAAGGAGGGAUUUGAUAACUCUGAGCUGCUACACCCACAUUCUGCCAGCUCUGACGAUGAAGAGAUUGAUGUGCUGGACUGGACAGCAGAAGGGAGGCUGGGACCCACUAGUAUCCCUUCCGUAUGGCCUGACCCUUCCUCAGAGUCAGAAACAGAGGUAGAUAUACUAACGUAG